UCGUUGCGGGAGUCGCUUUUGUAACGCCCGGGCCCCCGCGCUUUCUUUCCCGGGAAGAAAAAAUCCCGAGUCCCACCGUUUUCCACUUGUACACUGGCCCUGCCGCGCGUGCUCGGACACAAGUAGUGGUUUUCCUUCUCGUUGGACUUCCGCAUCACCAAGGGGGGCUCUCCUGCUGCUUCUGCUUCUCUCCAUGGUGAAAUUGAGGGUUGACGGGACGAGGAACGGAGAUGGCUAGCGUUUCCAGCGCGUUCCGAAACCGGGUGGGAGGAUCGAGGAAUGCGCUAACGGUGGGUUCCUUCGUCGUCUGGUUCUUCAAUUCCGAGAUAUCAUCUUCUGGCGGGAACUGGGGUUAGGGUUUUCGGUUGCGUUUCUUGCCCUGCUGUUGGAAUUGUGGCACCUCUGUGCUUUUGAAUCCAUUCGGGCAUGAAGAACCUCCUCAAGAGGCUGCAUAUCGUGUCCGAGCAGCCGGACGAUCGCGAUGCACCCGAGGGUCCGGCUUUGGGCACGUCGUCGGAAUUGUCUGUUGGUGGGAAAGUUUCCCCAACGCGUUCUUCUCCUUCUGUGUUGCGCGGUGAGCAGAAGGCGUUGACGGGGUUUUCCGCAUGGCUGAAUAGCGUUGCUAGGGAGAGCCUGGAUAGUUCCGACGGCCGUGAGAAGGGCGGCGAGGACUUCUCCGGUGCGCGUGCAGUGGGCGCGUUGAGUAGUGCCGCAGAUGCGCCGGACUCUUUGCCGAAUGUGGAAAGUCAAAGCUCACGUCUGAUGCGUCCGUUGAUGCAGGAAGAGUAUCAGAUACAACUUGCUUUGGCGCUAAGCGCGAAAGAAGAUCCGGAGGCCGUUCAGAUAGAAAGAGUGAAGCAGAUUAGUCUUGGUUCUUGCCCACCACAGUAUACUCCUGCUGAAGUUGUUGCUUACAGAUACUGGAAUUACAAUGCACUUGAUUAUGAUGACAAGAUCUUAGAUGGGUUUUAUGAUCUGUAUGGAAUCCUAGCAAAAUCAACGACAGAGAAGAUGCCUUCUCUGGUUGAUCUCCAAGGAACACCUGUCUCUGGUGUUAUCAGCUGGGAGGUUGUUUUGGUUAACAGAGAAGUCGACACUGAACUAUUAAAACUCGAACAGAGAGCUUUGACGAUGUCUCUUCAGUCAAGAUCAGAAUCUCAUGGUAAGGUUGGAAUAGAUCUGCUGCAAAAAAUUGCCGCUUUGGUUUCUAAUCACAUGGGUGGACCAGUUGGAGAUCCUGAUGGCAUGUUGGCAUCUUGGAGAGCUUUAACUAAUCAGCUAAGAUUAUCAAACAGUAAUAUGGUUUUACCUCUUGGUUCUCUGACAGUUGGUUUGGCUCGUCAUAGGGCACUGUUGUUCAAAGUUUUGGCAGAUGCUGUUGGGAUCUCGUGUCGUUUGGUGAAAGGGAGGCAGCAUACAGGAUCAGAUGAUGUUGCAAUGAAUAUUGUUAAGAUUGAUGAUGGAAGUUGUGGCAGAGAGUACAUUGUUGAUCUUAUGGGUGUCCCUGGUAGUCUCAUUCCAUCAGAUGCACUUACAGCGCAGACUGAGUGUGAAGCAGCUAUCACUGCAGAUGAUUCGUUUCCUGAAGGUGUGGAAAAUCUUAAUGCAUUAUAUACAUCUUCAGGUGCUACAACUUCCUUUGAGGGUUAUGCACAAAAAGAGGUGACUUUUUGUUCUGGGGAAUGUAUUCCUUCCAAAGAUGAGGUAGGUCGUGAGAAUGAUUUGGAUGAGCCAAGUUCUGGUGAGACUUAUGGAGCUAAUUCUAUGCGAAGGCAGCCUACAUCAUGUAGCGGUCAGGAAACUGAUGUGGUCUUAGGGGAUUUUAUGAAUCCCUUGAAGGAGGACUUGGAAUCAUUAUCCUCCUCUAAGCAGAGAUAUCCUUAUGCUCAUGUCAGAUCUCCUUCUUGGACGGAAGGCAUUGGCUCCCCAGCUGCGAGGAGGAUGAAAGCAAAAGAUGUUUCACAGUACAUGGUUCAUGCUGCAAAGGAGAACCCAAAGUUAGCAGAGAAGCUAUAUGAUGUGCUACUUGAAAGCGGAAUUGUUGCUCCUUCCAGAUUAUUCUCUGAGCGUCCAGCCAAUAUUCUGGAAAUUCAGUUGAACACGGACAGUGGAUGGUCUGAAGAUGUCAGUGAGGAAAAGGAUAGAAAUGGGACCCUUAAUGCAGAACAAGCAAAUCUUGGCACAGGCUAUGUGCUGCCUCCUGUACCUUCACAUGGCAUUCCAUCAAACACCGUUCAGUUAAGGCCAUUGGAGCAGCAAAACCUUGUGGAGGAUUUCGGAUCCCAUCUUCCAAUUGAUAUUGGAGAAACAAAUGCAGCAUUCCAGGUCUCAUCUCAGUGUGAAGAAUCUACUUUGCCAGGUCCAAUUCUAGAGGAGAAGCCUGUUUUCAAACUCAAAAGUCAAAUUCCUGUUGCUGCAGCUGCUGCAACAGCUGCUGUUGUUGCAUCUUCUGUGGUAGUUGCUGCAGCCAAAUCUGGUGGCAACCGAAACAUUGAAAUUCCUCUGGCAGCUGCAGCAACGGCUACUGCUGCUGCUUUGGUGGCUACAACUGCUGUUGUUAAUUGUCAAAUUAAUGGGGAAGCUGAAGCGUCACAGAUAAAAAAUCCUCAUGAAGUGGCUGCUUAUUUAGCUGAUGGUGGUGAACAAGGGAUAAGUUCUGCACAUCAUGAGGAUGAGGCAAAAUCAAACAAAUCUAUUGGGAAUGAAAUUUCCAACGCUGGUUUGGUGCUCGAUGAUGCAACUGAGUUUGAAAUUCUGUGGGAGGAAGUCAUCUUGGGUGAGCGUAUAGGAUUAGGAUCUUAUGGGGAAGUUUAUAGAGGAGAUUGGCAUGGAACGGAAGUAGCUGUUAAGAGAUUCCUGAACCAAGAUCUCUCAGGUGUCGCACUUGAAGAGUUUAAAACUGAGGUGAGGAUUAUGAAAAGGUUAAGGCAUCCUAAUGUUGUCCUCUUUAUGGGAGCUGUAACACGUGUUCCUAACCUUUCAAUCGUUACAGAAUACCUCCCUAGGGGCAGUUUAUACAGGUUACUUCAUAGGUCUAACUGUCAAAUAGAUGAAAGAAGGCGUUUGAGGAUGGCACUUGAUGUUGCUCGUGGGAUGAAUUAUUUGCAUAAAUGUUCUCCAGUUAUAGUACACCGGGAUCUAAAGUCUCCAAAUCUUCUUGUCGACAAGAAUUGGGUUGUGAAGGUUUGUGAUUUUGGACUAUCACGAAUAAAGAACAGUACUUUUCUUUCUUCAAGGUCGACAUCUGGCACGGCAGAAUGGAUGGCUCCUGAAGUACUUCGGAAUGAACCUUCGGAUGAAAGGUGUGACAUCUAUAGCUUUGGAGUCAUUUUAUGGGAGAUCACAACCUUGCAACAACCGUGGGCUGGAAUGAACCCAAUGCAGGUUGUGGGUGCUGUCGGUUUUCAAAAUCGUCGUCUUGAAAUUCCAAAUGGUGUGGACUCAGCCAUUGCAGAGAUAAUAACAAAGUGUUGGGAAACCAUAAGAUUUUAAGGAGUGUGGGGAGUCAUCAAACCUAAAAAGGUUAUUCAAAUAAAUGAUGUUUAAUACAUAAUAUUAGUCUUAAACUCUAGUACUGUGAUACAUAAGCCUCCCAGUAAUGUGAAUGCUUCUAGUUUAGUUGGUCCCACAUUGGCAGGUCUGUACUGAUAAAAAUCGGAUGGCACUUUAGGCAAUUGAAUCAGAUGCUUAGGCCCAAGCUCAUCUCCUAUGAGCAGGUAAAAGUUUGCAGAGUGAUUUAUCUAUUGAACAGAUUGGAUAAACUGAAAGGCCUUCUUGUGGAUUUGCUGGAUUAAAUGUUUUUAUUAGGGUCUCUAUCACUCAUCUAAAAUUGAACGAGUCAAGUAUAGCAGUCAGUCAUACGGGGAUGGUCCUUCCUCCCGACGCUUUUGUCUUACCUCAUAGAAAACGAUGUUUACAAGUGUUUUUCUGCCAAACUAACCAACAAAUGUGCUUUAAUGGUCAAAUGACUUUUGAAUUGGUUAUUUUUACUUACGGUACAGAAUAUCUCAAACUUCUAAACUGCGGCCUUUCAUUCAUUCAAAGUUCUUACAAAGUCACUUCUGCGUAUUGAGAAGUUCUGAACUAAAAGCUAUUUUUUCUUCUGAAGUUUUAAGUCGUGGGAAUUAAAACUGCUUGUUGAAAGGAAACUGAAAAACAUGAUCUUAUGAGUAGGAUUGGGUGUUCCUGAAGGAUUGGGUGCAUGGCUGGGUGCGUUUCUCCCAUAAUUCUUAGCUUGUGUUAUCCAACGGAAAGUUGGCUGGGAGUUGGUCUCGUGACCUUUAUUGCCAGUGAAUAGUGUGUGCAUAAAAAAAUGGAGUUAGAUGAGCACCUAUACAAAAAAGGAAAACGAGGAUGCAAUACAUACAUCAGUGAGCUAGGGCAACUGCCAACUAGGAGGUCAGAACACAGCCUCCUGCUUACACGUUGCAUCAGCCAGUUGCACUGGCAAAAAAGGACACCAGGUGCAGCCGAUCAUUACCCUGUCUGAUGUUUGCUACAGGACUUAACACCACCACCUCUUCACUAGCCUUCCCACUUCAAUUGGCAUGUCCGUAGAGCUGAACUGCACCCGGUUAUACCAUUUUGCCAGCCAUUUCUGGUUCAUGUGCACUUUGAUUCAGAACUAUAUUUCAUUCUUAGCAUCCUUCCACAGAAUUCUUCUCCCAAAUUUCCUCACGACCCGAUCCCAUACUUUCACUGCUCAGCUGCCGUCAAACAGAAAGCCUAUUUGUUUCUUCAUCCUUUCCACAAAUAGAGCACCAAUUAGCCAGCUGCAUUCCUCUCUUCUGCAUAUUGGCACGGGUGGGGAGUUUGUUAUCGCAUGCAAGAUACAUGAACCAGCAUGCUCUAGAAAUUUGUUCUUCUCCCCAUAAAAACAUGGUCAUACAUCUUUCAAGCUGUUCAAUGGUUGCUCUGGGAAUUUUGGUUUACCUGCAACCAAAAAUUGGUAUAGUGGCAAGAUUAUGCUUUAUGAGACAUAGUUUUCCCCCACAAGAAGGCAUAUUAACCUUCCAAAUUUCCUAUUAGUUAACUUCCAUAUGAACUUCCCCAAUAACCAACGUUUCUCUGCAAGGCUCGUCCGUGAGGUCCCCUGUUAUUAAAGGCAGCCCCAAGCCUCUUUACCCUAUCCUAAUUUUGCAGCAUUCGACUUUUUCCAUUCCAGAAUGUUACGUCAUAUCAUUUUGGAAUUUGUUGUCAACGGUAAGACUAGUUUUGGCUUCCAAUUCCUCUGGCAUCAUUUUUAAUGGCCUGAAUAGAUCUGCGGGUUUCCCGAUUGAACAACAUAACAUCGUCUGCAAACAUGACAGAGAAGAUACUGUGCUUUGAUCUUGGCACGGGCCAUAUCUUCCUGUUCAUUACUUUCUCUUUAUUCCUCUUGGAAAGACCUUUAUAGUUAUUAUGAACAAGAUAUAAUGAUAGAGGAUCCCCCUGACGCAGCCCUCUGCUGCUCCAAAAAUUCUGCCUUAUUUACAACACCAUGCGUCAUGUUACAUUGCACCCACUUUGUGCAAAAGCAACUACACAAGUCAUGUUACGUUGCACCCACUUUGUGUGGGUGGCUCCCUGAGUGCAUCAAAUAUGCACUAACAUCCUUUGCAUCCUCAGGACAAUCACUUUAGUUACCAUCUUAUAAAUUGUGUUCCCUGAAGUCUUCUAUUCGUCCAGCUUCCUUGUAUUUUGGUAAGAGCAUUACGUUAGUAAAAUUUAUGCUUUGACCAUCCUACCUGUCCUGAAAUAAGUUAUCUUGUGUUAUCCUGGAAAAAGUGAGCUUGUAUUAUCAAAAUUCUUUACUUUGUGUAACUCAACUGCCUGCAUUGUAAAAUAUAUC